GUAUGGGUGCAUGCGCGCUGGUUACGUAGUGCACGCACGCACGCGACUAGACGGAAGCUUCAGUGUGGGUUGCCUGUGGCGUGAGGGCGGAUGGAGAUGGUGAUGGAGAGCGCGAAGCUCUCUGACGACAAGGUCUGCACUGAGACUGGCAUUGUAGAGUCUAGCUCUCGCGGUUCUGGGUGCAGUCUCAGGCACUUUGCUUGUGAACAGAACCUGCUGUCCCGGCCAGAUGGCUCUGCUACUUUCCUGCAAGGUGAUACCUCUGUCCUGGCUGGUGUGUAUGGACCCGCAGAGGUAAAGGUCAGCAAAGAGAUCUUCAACAAAGCCACCCUCGAAGUGAUCCUGAGGCCGAAAAUCGGGUUGCCUGGUGUGGCUGAGAAGAGUCGAGAGCGACUAAUCCGAAACACAUGUGAAGCAGUGGUGCUAGGAGCCCUGCACCCCCGCACCUCUAUCACAGUGGUGCUACAGGUCAUCAGCGAUGCUGGCUCCCUCCUGGCUUGUUGCCUGAAUGUUGCCUGCAUGGCAUUGGUAGAUGCAGGUAUUCCCAUGCGGGCUCUCUUCUGUGGAGUCACCUGUGCUCUGGACUCAGAUGGGACACUGGUGUUGGAUCCCACAGCAAAGCAAGAAAAGGAAGCCCGGGCAGUCCUGACUUUUGCUCUUGACAGUGUGGACCGGAAGCUGCUGAUGUCUACCACCAAAGGGCUCUAUUCUGAUGCUGAGCUCCAGCAGUGCCUGGCUGCGGCCCAGACUGCCUCACAACACGUCUUCCGCUUCUACCGCGAGUCACUGCAGAGGCGCUAUUCCAAGAGCUGAAGCAAGCCAGGGCAGGGCACUGUGCCCACUGUCACCACCACCCACUGGCUCAGCCUGAAGCAAGCCAUCAGCCCAGCCUUACGUCUGUCCCCAUGUGCCCAGUCCCAAAGCUGCUGGGUCUCCUGGGAAGGGGGCUUAGGAACAGAACCUUGAUCCCUCACAUCCAUGGACCAGCAGGGCAUGAUCCCUGCCCCUCCAUAAAAACAACAUUAAAGGAAGCUCACCAGUAUUGAAGCAGUAA